AUGGAUCUCUCCAACAACACCAUGUCACUCUCAGUGCGCACCCCCGGACUGUCCCGGCGGCUCUCCUCGCAGAGUGUGAUAGGCAGACCCAGGGGCAUGUCUGCUUCCAGUGUUGGAAGUGGUUAUGGGGGGAGUGCCUUUGGCUUUGGAACCAGCUGUGGGGGAGGCUUUUCUGCUGCUUCCAUGUUUGGUUCUAGUUCCGGCUUUGGGGGUGGCUCCGGAAGUUCCAUGGCAGGAGGACUGGGUGCUUGUUAUGGGAGAGCCCUGGGUGGAGGUAGCUUUGGAGGGCUGGGGAUGGGAUUUGGGGGCAGCCCAGGAGGUGGCUCUCUAGGUAUUCUCUCAGGCAAUGAUGGAGGCCUUCUUUCUGGAUCAGAAAAAGAAACUAUGCAAAAUCUUAAUGAUAGAUUAGCUUCCUACCUGGAUAAGGUGCGAGCUCUAGAAGAGGCUAAUACUGAGCUAGAAAACAAAAUUCGAGAAUGGUAUGAAACACGAGGAACUGGGACUGCAGAUGCUUCACAGAGCGAUUACAGCAAAUAUUAUCCACUGAUUGAAGACCUCAGGAAUAAGAUCAUUUCAGCCAGCAUUGGAAAUGCCCAGCUCCUCUUGCAGAUUGACAAUGCGAGACUAGCUGCUGAGGACUUCAGGAUGAAGUAUGAGAAUGAACUGGCCCUGCGCCAGGGCGUAGAGGCCGACAUCAAUGGCCUGCGCCGGGUGCUGGACGAGCUGACCCUGACCAGGACCGACCUGGAGAUGCAGAUCGAGAGCCUGAACGAGGAGCUGGCCUACAUGAAGAAGAACCACGAGGACGAGCUCCAAAGCUUCCGGGUGGGCGGCCCAGGCGAGGUCAGCGUAGAAAUGGACGCUGCCCCCGGAGUGGACCUCACCAGGCUCCUCAAUGAUAUGCGGGCGCAGUAUGAAACCAUCGCUGAGCAGAAUCGGAAGGACGCUGAAGCCUGGUUCAUUGAAAAGAGCGGGGAGCUCCGUAAGGAGAUUAGCACCAACACCGAGCAGCUUCAGUCCAGCAAGAGCGAGGUCACCGACCUGCGUCGCGCCUUUCAGAACCUGGAGAUCGAGCUACAGUCCCAGCUCGCCAUGAAGAAAUCCCUGGAGGACUCCUUGGCCGAAGCCGAGGGCGAUUACUGCGCGCAGCUGUCCCAGGUGCAGCAGCUCAUCAGCAACCUGGAGGCACAGCUGCUCCAGGUGCGCGCGGACGCAGAGCGCCAGAACGUGGACCACCAGCGGCUGCUGAAUGUCAAGGCCCGCCUGGAGCUGGAGAUUGAGACCUACCGCCGCCUGCUGGACGGGGAGGCCCAAGGUGAUGGUUUGGAGGAAAGUUUAUUUGUGACAGACUCCAAAUCACAAGCACAGUCAACUGAUUCCUCUAAAGACCCAACCAAAACCCGAAAAAUCAAGACAGUUGUGCAGGAGAUGGUGAAUGGUGAGGUGGUCUCAUCUCAAGUUCAGGAAAUUGAAGAACUAAUGUAAAAUUUCACAAGAUCUGCCCCAUGAUUGGUUCCUUAGGAACAAGAAAUUUACAAAUAGAAAUUAUUCCUUUCAGAGUAACAUGCUGUAUUACUUCAAUCCCUAUUUUUGUCUGUUCCAUUUUCUUUGGAUUCCCUAUUCACAUUGAAUCCUUUUUGCCCUUCUGAAACAAUAUUCAGUCACAAGUCAUUUUGGUCAUGUUGGUCUUUGUAACAAAUCAAAAUUACCUUAUGUCCUUCUGGACCUGGAGUAGUCUUUUAAUGAACUUUCUUCUGGUAACCCGGAAUAUUUUUUAAUCAUAGAGCUUUAAUCAAGUAGUAUUGUUUUAAUAGAGUUAAUUGUAAUAAAAGAUGAAUGGU